GAAAAGGGUGAAACUACCGACUGGUGCUCCUUGGCUAUUGCGAGUGUUAUUUCACUUUUCACUGCAAUUCAAUUCACUAUCUAUUUCUCCUCUUUAUGGCCCUAUCUUUUACAACUCGAUCCCAGUGCGACAGAAUCGUUCUUUGGAUGGAUCACUGCUGUAUACAGUCUUGGACAAGCCGUAAUGUGUGUUGUAUUUGGUUACUGGCAGAAUCGAUAUGGGGUGUGGAUUUCAAUGAUCCGAUUCACUAGAGUUUUCACGAUUAGUAUCCAUACUGCAGGGCGUUUAAAUGUUCUAAAACGUACUGAUUUCGUACUUACAGGUAUGGUCACAGUGCUGCGAACUUAUGCCGUGAUUGCUAGCACAGAAAGCGAUCGAUCGCGAUCGAUUUCGCUCAGUUCUGGUAGCUUUGCCCUCGGCCUGACAAUCGGACCAGGUAAGUGGAAUGGGAAUAUGAACCCUAACUUCGAGGAAGGUCCAUAUAGGAAGAGGGGAAAGCACGCUGAUAGCGUCAGGUCACCGGCCUUCAUGGGACUACUAGUAAACUUGAUCUGCUUUAUACUUGUUAUCUUCCUAUUCCGGGAAUCAAACGUUGGCUUACAGAAGCAGGCUCCCAUGGAGAAUGGUAGGCACUUACGGUUCUUCGCUCUUCCCAAGUACGAUCGUUUGGCGCUUAUGAUUUGCAUUCUGACCCGUUUUGCACAGAUGUUUGUCAUCACAAAUAUAGAGACGCUGGGAGCUCCGAUUUCAAUGACUAUCUUCGGAUGGAACAAGCAAGAAACGGUCAAAUACAACUCCCUAAUGCAUGGUGGAUUUGGAUUCAUCGGAUUCUCAAUAUACGCCAUCAGUACAUGCUCUAAGGAGAACUUCAUGAAAUUACUUCAGGGUACGAUGCAGGGAGUGCUUCUGCUAAGCGGUAGCGUCGCAAGGAUGUGUGGCCCGAUUUUCGUAGCAAAUCUCUUUACGGAAUAUGGCCCACGACCGGCCUGGGGUAUGGAAAUCGCAUUCGCUGGAGUCUGUGCGCUUUUAUGGAUAAUCUUCUAUAAACGAAUGGUUCCACUGAAACUUCCAAAAAGUUUUAGUGCUGGCGAAAUGUUCAGAAAUAAGCAUGGGAUGGUCUACAAAUUCUAG